UGACGUCAGUCUACCGGAACUAAGCUUCUGUGCAUGAGGUUGGCGGGCUGCUACUUGUGUCUGUUUGGAUGUUUUCUUUUCAAAGUUGCUGGUGAAGUGGAGCAAACGUCUUGUCGGUUAGACAAGUCAGUAUCACGCAGAAUCUCUCCAAAAAGCCAUGCCGUCCAACACUGGACCUAGCAGCCCUGCUGCUGCUGCCCUUGCCGAGGCGCUGGAGAACUCAUCCCGGCUGAUUGACAAACACCUUCAGGAAGAUCGCUGCUUUCCAGAGCUGUCAGAGCUGCUUAGCGUCCCGUCACACAACAUGCCAUCUCUAUCUGGAGUCUCAGAUAUGGACUACCCUCUUCAAGGACCUGGCCUGCUGAGUGUGCCAAACCUGCCGGAGCUCAGUGCGCUCCGGCGAGUUCCUCUACCUCCUGAACUGGUGGAGCAGUUCAGCCACAUGCAGUUUAACUGCAUGAUGGGAGUUUUUCCUGAGAUCUCUCGAGCAUGGCUUACUAUUGACAACGACAUUUUCAUGUGGAAUUAUGAGGAUGGAGGGGACGUCGCCUACUUUGACGGUCUAAUUGAAACUAUUUUGGCAGUGGGUCUCGUUAAACCAAAACAAGGGAUUUUACAGCCACAUAUUCACUACCUCUUGGUGCUAGCCACUUCAGUAGAUGUAGUAAUCCUUGGGCUCAGUUUCCCGAAAAGCCAAACUGGACUGAAUGACAGCAUGUCUGGUGGGAUGCAGCUUCUGCCGGACCCCCUGUUCUCUAUCCCUACCGACAACACCUACAUCCUGUCCAUCACAUCCACAGACCUGGGCCGUAUCUUCAUGGCGGGGAAAGAUGGCUGCCUCUAUGAGAUAGCGUACCAGGCUGAGGCAGGGUGGCUCAGCCAACGUUGUAGAAAGAUCAACCACUCUAAAAGCACUUUGUCCUUCCUUGUUCCAUCUGUGCUCCAGUUCUCCUUUUCUGAAGACGAUCCUAUAGUUCAGAUUGCAAUUGAUGACUCUCGCAACAUUCUCUUCACACGCUCAGAGAAAGGAGUCCUGCAAGUGUACGACCUGGGUGCUGAUGGUCAGGGUAUGGGUCGCGUGGCAACAAUGUCCCAGAGUGCCAUAGUUGCAGCUGCUGGAAGCAUUGCCAGGACAAUCGAUCGCUCCGUCUUCAAACCCAUUGUUCAGAUCUCGGUAAUCGGCAGAUCCGAGUCUUCCGAUUGCCAUCUGCUUGCUGUCACUCAUGCAGGUGUGCGUCUGUACUUCACCACCGCGCCCUUUGCUCUUCAGCACCAGAAGCACAUUGCGGUGCGGCCUAGCCUUCUUGCUUUGGUCCAUGUCCGUCUGCCGCCUGGGUUUUCGGCCUCCUCCACUCUGCAGAAACCAUCAAAGGUCCACAAGGCUCUUUACAGCAAAGGUGUUUUGCUCAUGGCUGCCUCUGAGACGGAGGAUAGUGACAUCCUUUGGUGCAUCAACCAUGACUCAUUUCCUUUCAAGAAACCUCUAAUGGAGACGCAGAUGAUGUCUAAUGUUGAUGGGCACUCGUGGGCUCUGUGUACAAUCAGUGAAGAGAGGCCGCAGAAGAUCUUUACUCCUCUGAACAGGGAGCAGAUUCCUAUUACUGAUUCCCCCUUGGUCGUCCAGCAGCACAACAUCCCUUCACAGAAGUUUGUCCUUCUGUCUGCAAAGGGAAGCCACAUCUUCCAAAAACUGCGGCCAGUGGAUCAACUUCGACACCUCCUCGUUAGCUGCGUUGGAGGAGAAAGCGAAGAGAUUGAACGCUUCUUUAAGCUGCACAGAGAGGAGCAAGCCUGUGCCACAGCACUGAUUCUGGCCUGUUCCAGCGCUGCCUCUGACCGGGAAGUUUCCCAGUGGGCCACAAGAGCAUUCUUCAGAUAUGGUGGAGAGGCACAGAUGAGGUUUCCUGCAGCCAUGACGGCUCCAAGCACUGUAGGACCCAUUAUGAGCUCUCCAGCACCUGGCAUCGUACCUCCUGCUCUGGCCACACCAUUUACACCAAUGCAUUCUGGGUCGGCCCCCAUCACUCCCAUGUCAGCUGGUCCUGAGGUGAUCUUCUCUGGGAAACACAACGGAAUCUGCAUCUAUUUUGCUCGCAUCCUUGGAAAUAUCUGGGACGGCAGUCUUGCUGUUGAGAACACUAUUAAAAAGGGAAAUCAGGCUGUCAGCAUUCUUGUCAGCAGUGUCGAUACUCUUGAACUUGAGUCUGUCCUUCUGGAGCUGAACGGUUUGCAGGAAUUUCUUGAUAAAAACUCUCAGCUCAGUCCUUCCUCUCUCGACGCUGCGAGUUUUAGCUCUCCUGCCAACUUACAGCAAAGGCUGCUGGGAUUUAUGCGCCCUGAUGGAGCCAGCUCCCAGCAGGUUCAGCAGGAGCUCCAGAGAAAAUUUCACUCCAAGGCUCAGGUCUUUGAAAAAGUGUCCUUGCAGAGUAUCCAGCAUUUAGUGCAUCGCUCAUUUCAGACUUUGGCCCUCUGGAAGCUUCUCUGUGAUCAUCAGUUCAGCCUGAUCAUGGCUGAGCUGCCCAAGGAAUUUCAAGAGCAGAUGAAGGGAGCUAGUUUUAAAGAUGUAGUGAUCCGGGGCAAGGAGUUAUCCGGAGCCCUAAUUACAGGGCUCAUUAACGUGUACAUCAAAGAUAACGCCUCCGUGGACGCCAUCAGCAACCACCUACGAGACCUCUGUCCUCUGCUGUACAGCAGUGACGACAGCAUUUGCUCCAAGGCAAACGAGAUGCUGCAGAGCUCUAAACAGAUCCAGAACAAAAUGGAAAAGGAGAGAACUCUGAGAGAGUCACUGCGGCGCUACCAACAGAUCAGCCAGCACACAGACCUGGCUCUCGUUUGCUCUCAGUACAGGCAGGUGCGCUUCUAUGAGGGAGUCCUCGAGUUGUGCCUCACAGCAGCAGACAAGAAGGAUCCACAGAGGCUUGGCCCUCACUUCUACAAAAAUGGAGAGCCUGAGGAGGACAGAGUGGGUCAGCAGGCUUUCCAGGAAAGGCUUUUGUGUUAUAAGUGCAUCACAGACACCAUGCAGGAGCUGGUGAACCAGAGCAAAGCUGCUCCGCAGUCUCCCAGUGUCCCCAAGCAACCUGGACCUCCUGUCAUGACCUCUGACCCUAACAUGCUUAGCAAUGAAGAAGCUACAGCUCACUUUGAGCAGAUGCUCGGUCUGGCUCAAAGGUCCCAGGACGAGCUGUUCCACAUCGCCCUCUACAACUGGCUGAUUCAGGCUGACCUGACUGACAAGCUGCUGGAGGUAAAUUCUCCAUAUUUGGAAGAACAUCUGAUGCACAUGAUCAAGCAGGACCAGAGCAAAGUCCACAAUAUGGACCUGUUGUGGCGCUAUUACGAAAAGAAUCGUAACUUUGGGAAAGCGGCUCAUGUGUUGGCUCGCCUCGCUGACAUGCACAGCACUGACAUCUCUCUGAAGCAACGUUUGGAGUACAUUGCUCGAGCCAUCCUGUCUGCAAAGAGCUCCUCCAGUAUUUCUGCACACGCAUCUGAUGGAGAGUUCCUCCAUGAGCUGGAGGAAAAAAUGGAGCUUGUGCGUAUUCAGGUGCAGAUCCAGGAAACCCUGAUAAAACAGUACUCCCAUCAUCCCUCAGUGAAAAAUGUCAUCUCCCAGUUGGACUCUGAGCUAAUGGACAUUACAAAGCUCUAUGGAGAAUUUGCCGACCAUUUCAAAUUAUCUGAAUGCAAGCUUGCCAUCAUACACUGCGCAGGACACGCAGACCCGAUCUUGGUGCACUCUUUAUGGCAGGAAAUCUUAGAAAAGGAACUUGGAGACAGUGUGGCCAUGAGUCCAGCAGACAGGAUGAGGUCUCUGAAUCUGAAGCUGGUAUCUCUGGGAAAGAUCUAUGCUGGAACACCAAGAUAUUUCCCUCUGGAGUUCCUGGUGAAGUUCCUGGAGCAGGAAGUCUGUCGACUCAACUGGGAUGUGGGAUUUGUCACGUCCACCAUGCUGGAGAUCGGCGUGCAGUUGCCACGUCUGCUGGAGGUCUACGACCAGCUCUUUAAAACACGAGAUCCAUGCUGGCAGCGGCUGAAGAAACCGCUGCAUUUGGUGGAGUGUAUCCACGUGCUUCUCUCAGGAUAUGUGGAUGACCCCAGCAGAGUACCAACAUAUGACAGACGCCGAUUUACAAACGUCUGCCUUGACAACAUCUGCGGAUACCUGGUGGAAUUGCAGUCUCUGAGUCCAAACGCCACCCUCCAACACAUCAUUGGAAAUUUUAAAUCACUGCAGGCCAAACUGGAGAAACUCCACUGAGCAGCUUAGGAGAUGCUGGAUCUGCUGGCCUUAAGUGUAUAAAGUGCAUUGGGCCAACACAGUUAGAUGAUGUUUGGAUUUAGUAACAAUUACAUUUUUUUGUAUGUUGCCAGGCAGUGGGAGUAAAUCGCUGCAGAACACAAAAGCAAGUUUGUUUUAUAAAUUAUUAUGUGAAAUUUGAUGCUUUGUAAUGAAACAAAUUUGGAAAAAAAAUUCUUUGCAAGUCGUUUGUCUUUUUCUUACUGUUACACAAAAAGAACAUGCUGAUUCAUAAAACAAACCUCCCAUCUGCAUAAGUUUGCAAAUAUUUUUGUAACGAUUAGUGACUGGAGUGAUUUUUUUUGUUUGUUUGUUUUUUGGACAGUUGCCUUUCAACAAAUAAAUGUAACUAUGUACAUAACGUGAACAUAAUGCCAUCUUUGCCAGGGCUCAGUGACACACUAAUAGCUGUAAAGGACUGGUUUGAAUGGUUGAACGGUGUGCAUGACAGCCUUUGUGAACGUUUUUAACUUGGUGCUCCCUCAGUGUCACUGAAACCUUUGGCUUGUAUUUUUAGUGGGAAAGAAGCUUUUGUUUUGUUUCGUUUUAAAGGAAAUAAAACUUCUAAAUUUG